AUGUCCGACGCUUCGGAUACCCUUCCUUACGUCCCUCUAGAGGUCUAUGAGGGCACCUCUAUGACUGGUGGAGACUCUUUGACUGAAGAUCUCAACCUUUUCUACAAUGCCGGCGACAUUGCCUGGAUGAUCACUUCGACAGCCUUGGUGCUGCUCAUGAUUCCCGGUGUAGGUUUCUUCUAUUCUGGUCUUGCUCGACGCAAGUCCGCUCUGUCACUCAUUUGGCUGUCUAUCGCCGCAACUGGUCUCAUUUCCUUCCAAUGGUUUUUCUGGGGUUAUUCACUCGCCUUUUCUCACACCGCCGGCAAGUACAUUGGCGACUUGGAGAACAUCGGUUUCCGCAAUGUUCUCGGUGCGCCAUCCGUGGGAUCCUCCAAAAUUCCCGAUCUUUUGUUCGCUGUCUACCAGGGCAUGUUCGCUGCGAUCACUGUUGCACUCGCCAUUGGUGCUGCUGCUGAGAGAGGCCGCAUGCUACCAGCCAUGGUCUUCGCAUUCAUUUGGUCGACUAUCGUCUACGACCCAAUUGCCUGCUGGACAUGGAACUCCUCCGGAUGGGCUUUCCAAAUGGGCGGUCUCGACUUCGCUGGAGGCACCCCCGUGCAUAUUUCUUCAGGUGCUGCAGCCCUUGCUUACUCCCUGAUGCUCGGAAAGCGUCGUGGCCAUGGUACUCACGAAUUGAACUAUCGCCCUCAUAAUGUUACUCAUAUUGUCAUUGGAACUGUCUUCCUAUGGGUUGGAUGGUUCGGCUUCAAUGCUGGUAGUGCUCUGGCCGCCAAUCUUCGUGCUGUCAUGGCCGCAGUUGUCACCAAUCUUGCCGCCAGCGUCGGUGGUCUCACCUGGUGUCUUCUCGAUUACCGCCUUGAGAGAAAGUGGUCCACUGUAGGAUUUUGCAGUGGUGUCAUCUCCGGCCUGGUUGCAAUCACCCCAGCAUCAGGCUUCGUGCCUGCCUGGUCAGCCGUCGUCUUCGGUGUGGUCGGUGGAAUCGCUUGCAACUAUGCCACCAAACUGAAGUUCCUCCUUCAUAUCGAUGAUUCACUUGACAUCUUCGCCAUCCACGGUAUCGGCGGUCUUGUUGGCGACCUCCUGACUGGUCUCUUCGCCGCAGACUACAUAGCCCAUCUCGAUGGUUUCUCCGAGAUCAGCGGAGGCUGGCUCAAUAAACACUGGAUCCAAUUGGCCUAUCAGUUAGCUGAUGGAGUCAGCGGCAUGGCAUAUUCCUUCGUUCUCAGUUGCGCCAUUCUCUUCGCCCUCAACUUCAUCCCCGGCCUUCACCUCCGUGCUUCUGAGCAGGAGGAGAUCAUGGGUAUGGACGAGACCGAAAUCGGUGAAUUCGCCUACGACUACGUCGAGCUCAGUCGUGACGUCGUCAACGGUCUGGAGACAGAGGCUGUCCCAGCGUCCCGCCAGAGCCCCAGCCCAGAAAACGAUCUCAAGCCCGAUGACAUCGAGAAGUGA